CAAUUCUUGUUAGUGUUUUGGUUUGUGUUGACUCCCCCCAACAUUCAAAACGCUCAGAAGAGAUUUUUCAAUAUUUUUCUCAAUAUUUGGCCUUAAAUACCCGCAACACUAUCUUAUUUUUUAGUGCAAAUGAUAAGUGUAUGUGAGAAAGAAAGAAGAGAAAGAUGAAUGAAUCGCUAAGAGAUAAGAUAACCAAAGAAAUAAUUUUAACUGAGAAAACAUAUCUCCAGCAGCUACACACACUUGAUAAAUUCUUUUCCAAACCAUUACUUGAGAAAGACUUUUUUCCUGUACAUGUUCACUCCGCCAUCUUUGGGGAGCUGGCAUCCCUUCAACACAUGAACAAUGAGCUCUUUCAUGCACUAACAAGUGAAGAUGGUGAUGUGGGCAAAGCAUUUCUACACCUUGCACCUUUCCUAAAAGUCUACUCCUCAUAUGCUAAAAAUUACCAACAGGCGAUGAACCUCAUACUGGACUGGGAGAGAAAAAGUGAGAAGUUUCGUACGUGGCUUACUGGAACUGAAUCGAGGCCAGAAGUCCAAUCAAAAUUACCAUCUCUUUUGAUCACACCAGUCCAGCGGGUCCCUCGGUACCGCUUGCUUCUGGCAGAGCUGCUAAAACACACUCCCAAAGACCAUCCUCAGUAUGAUAGCAUCGCCAAAGCCGAAGAGGAGGUUGGGCAUGUUGCUGAACACAUUGACCGCAGCAUAAGUAAGUCGGAAAGUCUCCAGCGUGUACUGGUUAUUCAGCGUGCUCUGAAGAAUGGACAGCCCAAUAUAAUAUCUCCAGGCAGGCACCUUCUGAAAGAGGGUAUACUACAAAAGGUUUCACGGAGUGGGAAUAGUUACCAGGCAAGACUGUUUUUCCUCUUUUCGGAUGUUCUUCUUUAUACAAAACCUCCAGCCAUUUGCCUCAGUAGCAGCUCCAACAGUAUUAGUGAAGCUCUUGAUAUGGAUUACAAGCCACGAUCUCUGGAGUAUUGUUGUUUGCUGCCUCUUCGACACUGCUCAGUCACAUGCGUGUUUGGAAGUGGUCAGCAAAAUCUUUUUCGGUUAAAAUGUGAAUCAGAGGACAUGCUACUCUUCAGCAGUGAUAAGGCAGGUGAAUGGGUGGCUGCCCUCAAGGAAGCCAUUCAUCAAGCUGUGAGGAACAGGAGAACUCUGCGAAAGGAAUCCAGCUCCAGAAAGCCAAUGAGAAGACCUGCCCUUCGGAAGUUAACUGUGAGAGGAGAUCCUGAACAAUUGAUCGCUCUCAAGGUUCAAAAGCCACAAGAUGAAAAUCAAAACAGUAAUGUCCCUAGAACUUCAGGUGAAUCCCCCAGAACUGCUAAAGAGACUGCACCUAAAAGUCAGUGGUCUCCAGGGGCAUUCUUUUCACAACUGAUGCAAGUACAGGAUUGCCUGACACCACCUUGGCUUUCUCCAAGCAAAAGAAGGAAUGCUGCAAGAGAGAGUAGUUCAGAUGUCAAGAAGGGAAAAGUCUCCUCACUCAAAUCCCAGUGGUAUGCCAUCCAGAGAUAG